AUGGCCCCGGAUAUGUCGGAUACGUUGCAUAACAGCUGCGGAAAGCCAGGGCGACUGGCACCCCGUUGGCUCCAUGACCUGUUUGCUGGAGAUUUGACCGAUGCCGAUGGGCAGCCUGGCGGCUAUUUCAUGGGCUGCCAGACACUGCUUGCCCGGCUGACUCUCCCGAAGAUGCAAGCAAAAGAUGGUAAGCAAACUGAGAAUGGCAGUGUGCCCUCCGGAAAGGACCAUGAGCUGCUGUUGGUGGAAACCCAGUGCCUCGACACUGAACGAGGCGAAAUCUUGUCGUGCAUGUGCAAGCACUGCAAGUAUCACUUCGUCUUUGACUUCAAGAAAGGCCCGAGUCAUACUUGCAGCGCAUCCGAGGCAAACCUGCUCUGCCACCUUGUGCUGGUUGGCUCCUCCAAGAUGGGCGCGCCUCCCGAGAAGCCCGGCAGGUGGUGCCCCCAAACCCAAGUUGCCCGAUGGGAAUGCUCUGCAACUCGAUGCACGGUGGAAGUGGAGGUAUCCAUCUCGAUGCCAAGGAUGCAAGUCGAGCAUAUCGAAUGGAUCGUCGAUGAGGAAAGGAUCCGGAGACAGCGGCAGCAAGCUCUCGCGCAAGAUCCCGAGAGAUUCGCAAACCUCAACGAGAAUCUAGAGACGAAGUCGCUCCUAACCAUGAACGCGUAUCUGAGAGACAGUUUGGCGCAUACUGCCUCAUCCGAGCCGAAGAAGGUCGCGGCCCGCAACAAGGUGUUUGUGGUCCAGUUUGGACCGGAAUCUUUGCCCAUAUUCACCUAUCUCGGCUUCACGGUCAGCACUAUCAACGGAGAGGAGUAUCUCAUUCUUCCUCACCCGCCAAGCUUCCCUGGAAAAACCCCGAUUGGAAGCCAGCGAGCUUUUUAUGAGGACGCUAGAAGCGAGAUCAUGGCAUUGAUUGAGGACACGGGCCGGGAGCAGGUAAUGAUACACAGCAGCCCAGCCAAAGCUCGACUGGAGCGCGCUCUCUCGUGCUAUAACCACAUCCAUACCGCCAAACCGAAGCCCCAUGAUGACCCUCGGGACUUCAAAGCUCUUGGGGCUCCCAUGAAUUCGUCUGAUGAUCUGUUGCAAUUCGCCUUCGCGUGCCAGCUGCAGACAGAUUCGCUCAACAAAAGGAGCUAUUACAGUGCCCUGAAGAAUCUUGCUACCUCCCGUGGCGACGACAUUCGGAUGUAUGUGGGCCUCCAAGCCUCCCUCGAAGAGACGGGUCCGCCGGUCUCACUCGAGGAGACCAGGCCGCGGCUCUCGCUGGGAGAGGUCGCCCCUCAACUGGUAGAUGACCCGCUCGUGCAGGCCUAUGAGCAUUUCGGGCUCGCACCAAAUGGCUCUGAGGAAGAAGUCCUGGCCAUCCGCCGAUAUCAAGUCGCGUGCCAUGACUAUCCCGAGCAUAAGAAAACACAUCGGCAGAUGCUAUUCCGGAUUGGUCGGGCUCGGAACAGUCAGGCGAUGAAGAACGUCGCCUGCAACUUUACCGAUUUUAGGGAAGCCUGCCAAUUCCUGGACGUCGAGGGGAUCGUGGAUCCCUCGGCCGAUGUUCUGAUGAGCUUUUGCGAGAUGCAGAUCAGGGACGGGAAGGAGCCAUUCCUAAUUGCCGCAGCCAUGGACACGAUUGCCGACAGGAUCAAUAGCUCCGAGAUGAAGGAGCGAGCCCAGCACUAUCGUUACCUUGGAGACCAGCCAGACCAACUGACCGGCACCCUGGCCCACAGUGAAUCAGCUACUUGCAGCAUCGAUUCGACGAACAUGAACUUACCCCUGGGACUGGACAACCUCCGAAAUACUUGCUAUCUGAAUAGCAUCCUCCAGUACUUCUUCACCGUCAAGGCUGUGCGGAACGUUGUCCUGAACUUCGACCCCAACGAGGUCCCGUCGACCGAGGCCACUCGCGGGAACGGAGAAGUCUACCUUGGCCGGGAAUUCGUUGUCGAACUCAAGAAGCUGUUUUCCGAGCUUGACAGUGCCACGGCGAGUUUCGUCAAGCCCCAACAGCGUCUUGCCAAUGCGGCGUGGAUCUCGGUCGAUAAGGUCCAGAAAGACGAGGAGAAGGCAGCUCUGAGUGGCAAGCCCCAGCCGACUCCGCGCCCACUCCCAACGCGCCCGGUGCCUCCAGUGCCUCGCCCCGGCGCCACGGCAAAACCCACCGUCACGGUUGAUUCCGUGGCAGAUAGUUCGGAGACCGCGAGUAUCUCGAGCUCCCAGACUCUAACCAACCUCCCUGAUGCUUCAUCCGACUUUUCUUUUGAGAAUCUGGUUUUCGAGGCCGGUGCUGACGAAACGACCGUCGAGCGUUCGGAGGCUCAGAAGCCCGAUGGAGACUCUCCUAGAGGCGUGGAGAAGCUGAGCUCGGAUGCCCUGAUCGAGGCGCUCGAGGGUGCGCUUGCCCAAACCGAGAUCAAGGGAACGGAACAAAUGGACGUCGAGGAGGUCAUGGGACGAUGCAUCAACCAUCUGCGAGCGGCGAUCAACCCCGCAAGCGUCACCAACGCCAACGAGGUUGGCGGCCAGAGGGACGAGAUCAUGGAGAACCUCUACAUCACAUUUGCCAACUUGCGCAAGGAGAAAGACGCGCCGAAGUACAAACGGCACACCAGCCAAGAGCGCUGGGUGACAGCCAACCCGGCCGCUUCUGGACCCUUGAGCCUCUACCGGGCUCUUGAUGGCUACUUUGAACGGGAGUUCAUCGGUGACAAGCUGGUCAGCUUCACCUCGAUCGUCACCGCGCCGCCCAUCUUCCACAUCUGCAUUCAACGCUCGCAGGUGGGAGGUGGCAAGAACACCAACCCCGUUAUCAUUCCCGAGGUGCUCUAUCUCGACCGCUACAUGGAGAGCGACGAGGAUUCCGAGCUCUCCAACGCACGGAAGCGAAGUUGGGACAUCAAAGCCCAGCUGAAGGAGAUGGAGCGGUCUGGUGAUAACCAAGGAGCCAACAAUAAUGCCGAUCCCCUCGCCGUCUUUAUGGGGACGCGGGGCACCGACGUUUCGGGCUUGGCCUUGAAGGGGGUUGCCAAUUCCUCGGGCACGGUCUCAGAGGGAGACGUGAAUAUGUCUGGUUUGGCAGCUGAAGGAGACGCCACUCUUUCUGACUCGGCCUCGGAUGGAGGUGCCAAGCUCUCUGGCGAGGCUUCCGAAGGAGAUGCCAAUCUUUCUGCCAUGGCCUGGGAGAAGGAUGAGGAAGGCUACGAAAUGAUCGAUUCUAGCCUUAAGGAUGUCUUGGACCGUCAUGGAAAGCCUCUCGCCAGUGUAGCCACAGCCCCGGGGCUCACUGAUGGCUCCGGCUCCAGCUCCGGCUCCGACGAGGCUGAGUGCGCAGGUACUGAAGCUGCCCAGGUGCUGGACAAUAAGAUGUCCUCGGACGAGGCGCAGUUGCGCAGUGAGCUCGACAAUCUCUUCGUCGACAUGAAGACUCACAAGUACUGCCUUCACUCUGUCAUCUGCCACGCCGGUCAGACCGCUAAGUCCGGUCACUACUGGGUGUGGAUCUUCGAUUUCGAGCAGAACAUCUGGCGAAAGUACAACGACCGCACCGUUACGGAAAACGCGAAUACCCAGGCCGUGCUUGACGAGCUCUCCACGAAGGGCGAGCCAUACUACGUCAUGUAUGUCCGGGACGAGGACAAGAACGACCUUGUCAGCAUCCCUCGUCUUAGGCAGUACGCCGGCGAACCUUCCGACAUCGAGAUGGUGGAUGAUAUCGAGCCCAAUCCCGGCUAUCUGGAGGAGGUCUAG